AUAUUUGCUACCCCAGAAGUUCAUAUUGGUUUUCAUCCUGAUGCUGGUGCUUCUUUUUACCUCUCGCAUCUGCCAGGACAUCUGGGAGAAUAUUUGGCUUUAACGGGUGAAAAGCUUAAUGGAGUUGACAUGCUUGCUGUUGGCCUUGCUACCCAUUUUGCCAUGAGUGCUAAGCUUAGUUGGGUUGAUGAACGACUUGCGAAGUUGGUGACGGACGACCCUUCAGUGAUUGAUUCUUCUCUAGCACAGUAUGGUGACAUAGUCUAUCCUGAUAAGAAGAGCAUAGUUCAUAGGAUUGAAGCAAUCGAUGAUUGUUUUCGGCGUGAAACGGUUGAGGAAAUUGUUGAUGCUUUGGAAAUCGAGGCAGCCAGAACCAAUCAGGACUGGUGCACUUCAGCUCUCAAGAAAAUAAAAGAAGCAUCACCGUUGAGUCUGAAAGUCUCCUUAAAAUCUGUACGAGAAGGUAGAUUUCAGACUUUGGAUGAGUGCCUAAUUCGAGAAUUUAGAAUGUCUCUACAUCAUAUUUCAAAGGCUGUUUCUGAUGAUUUUUGUGAGGGUGUUCGGGCUAAGUUGGUGGAGAAGGACUUGGCUCCAAAGUGGACUCCACCAACCCUACAGCAUGUGUCAGACGACAUGGUUGACCACCAUUUCUCGCCGCUCGACGAAUUCGAGCCCGAAUUAAAGCUACCGACUCAUUUACGAGAAGCCUUCAUAUGACUCAAUUCAAUAUAAGUGCUUCCAUCAUCUUGAACUAAUGAAUGCUUCAACUUAUUUGUGAUGUAGAAAGUUGUCUCAUUGUUGAUUCAGAAUAUAUAAUCAUCUCCAGCGGCAGCAAUAAACAGCCUUCUUGGUAUUUAGAAGCAGAGGUGAGUUUUGUUAUGUAACCCACCUAUUUUAAUGGAUUCUUCACUUUGUUGUAAUAUCAUUGCCUUUUUGAGAAUAACUCGUGUUCUUUCUUUUAGUAGCAAGCGAGUUGAACAUGAACUAUUCUUUUUAUCUUGAUUUAUAA